ACCAUAGCCGCCCAUGUAUUUUUUUUCUUUCUAAAAUAAAUAAAUCAUUCUCUUAUCCAUUUUUACCUAUAAACUGUUUGCUAAAUUGCCCCAGAGACAAAGCAGUACGAGGCUGGGGAUCCCUUGAAUAUAGAGCAUAAAUGGUAUGUGGUGAGGUGAGGUGAAGGGCAAGGAGGUGGAGGAGAGGACCUACCCACCUACCCACCGUACAACACCCCUCUUCCCUUCUUCAAUAUUCAUCUCCACCAUCACUACCACCAUUAAUACCUUUUAAUCAAUCCUCUUCUGUUCAUGUGCACACCACCCCGAGAAUUGUUGUCCUUUGGCCUUCUUUUGUUUCCAUUUUCUUGGGGUGUGUGGACCAAUUACUGCGUCAAUUGCAACUACAACGGAUCUGUUAUAGGAACAAAAUAUUCCCAUAACAGGAUUAAUUAUUCAAUUGCCCCAGAGAUUCUUUAGAUAUGGGUCUUUGCAUCUAGACUUAUCUUCAUCUUUGUUCUGUUUUUUUUUUUCCUAUCGUUCUUGUCUUGCUAAUCCCAUUUUCCAGGUGUCAAAAACCCUGUUACAGAUCUUGGUGCCCCACCUUAUUUAACUUCCUCGCUUCAACUCCUUCAUAGGACCCAUUGCUAUAGAUUCAAUCUUUCAUUGAAUGACAGCUGUUAACUUCGUAUGUACGCUUGUGCUCCUUUUUCCUGUUGUAAGCCAAUAAGAGGGAGAAAACUGUUUCAUAGGCUUGUUUAAUCUUUUUCUUUUCUUUCUUUUCUACUCUACAUAGUAGCAUAACAGUGGUUCAGGCUUUCAAGUCAAGGCAAUUUCCACCCAAGUUCGUCGGUCUGCGUGGUUGUGAAUCUUGUUCAAACUUUGGGUAGAAGGCCCACCAUUGGGGUUUUGGUGGGGUUUCUUUGAACCAAAAUAAAAGCCAUCUUUAAAAGGUGUUUGAAGAUACCAACUUCGCUUCAGUUUUGGUUAAUAGUGAGGUUUCUUCUUAUAAGCUAUUGCCUUUCCGCAAUUGGGUUCUCCACUGACUCUAUCUACAGUCUAGCCUGCCUCUCUCUCUCUCUCUCUCUCUCUCUCUCCCUCUCAUCACAUAUGCCAAAUCCAAUUUUGACCCGUAAAAAACUUUCAAUAUUCUAAUGCUACUUUACUUCAUCACUUGCAUCUCCUUCUUCUUGUUUUUAAAGUCCCUCCUUCUCAGACCUCUCCCAUCAUGGGCAACUGAGAUGCGGUUGCUACUCCUUUUGUUUUCUCAAGAGUUGUCUGUGAGAACAAUCUCCAAGCUGUUCAGAAACCGCUUCUGGCUUGGAUUUGUUUGUCAAAUACCUGCAGGAAUGUCUCUGGUGAGGAAGAGCCUGACUUCAAGAGUAGAGAAUGUUGAGGAAAGCCAUGGCAUGUCAGUUUUGGAUUUGCCUGAGUUGGCCUUGGAUUGCAUUCUUGAAAGGCUACCUCCUUCUUCACUGUGCCAAAUGGUUGCCGUUUGCCGCUAUUUGAGGGAGAGAUGUGUGAGUGAUCACCUUUGGGAGAGGCACAUGAAGCAGAAGUGGGGUAGUGUUAUUGGUCCUGCUGCUUACAGGGAGUGGAAGUGGCAUGUUGCUUCCAAAAGGAAUGUUGGGGGUCUUAAACAUGGCAGGCAAAGGGGCUUGAUGAGAUUUUGGUCUCUUCGUUGGCCUUUGCAAUGGAUGAGACCAAAGGUUGAUGAAAAUAAUAGCCUCAAGCAGAGGACUUCUUUACCUGUUGACUCAAUCAUGAACUGGUAUCUUGCUAUUGAGUCGGGCAACUUUUGUUUACCUGCUCAGGUCUAUAACCGUGAGAAUGGUCAUGUUGGAUUCAUGUUAUCUUGCUAUGACGCUACAAUUAGCUAUGAUCCACGAACUGAUACUUUCCAAGCCAGGUAUCCUCCGCAUGGAAGAAGAGCAGAUGCUAAAGAGUGUGGCAUCCCAUGGGAAAGGCUAAGAGCCCCUCCUAUUGAUGCUUCUCCACAUGAUCUUCAUGUCUCCGACUGUUUAAAUGAUUUGUAUCCGGGUGAUCAUAUAGAGAUUCAGUGGAGGAGAAAAAAAGAAUUUCCUUAUGGUUGGUGGUAUGGUGUUGUAGGCCACCUGGAGUCAUGCAAUGGGAGUGAAAAUUAUUGCCGAUGUCACAAAAGUGACACUGUGGUGCUAGAGUUUAAUCAUUACACACCUGGCUCACGAUGGAGGCAGACAACUGUGAGUAGGAAAGACCAUAGGGAGGAGGGAAAUGAGGCUGAUGGAUUUUAUGGAGGAAUAAGAAAGAUUAAGAGUGAGGCUGAGAUUGCCAUUUGGAAACGCCUUUGGCCAUCUGAAGUCUUGGAUUAGUAGGCACUGGAUCUGAUCAAAUUCUCUUCAACUUAGCAUGAUUUUAUAGAAGCUGUCUCAGCAACUGAAGCAUUGACUGGUUCUGCUUUAUACAUGCCAAUAUACAAACAUGAAGUGGACUUUCAGAUAUUUAGGCCAACCCGAUUUCUUCUUCUGUCCUUUGUCACAUUUUUUCAUGAGAAAAUUUAUGCAUAUUGAUGUGCUUUCCCUCAUUGUAAAUUGCUCAUUUACGCACAAAUGUAGAAUAUUCAUUCCACUAUAUAUAGAAUCUAGCUGAUAAUCUCAAAUUAGUACCUUUGAACUGAUACUAAAACAGCUUCCAUCGCAAUCAAGUUAAGGCAUUAUUCAUAUGCAAACAAUUAAUUUAUUAUAUGCAUAAA